AUGUUACUGCAGAUUAGUGUGAAGGAGCUGGUUCACCCGCUUGACGUGUCAACCAAGACGGGUCGCUAUGGGUACGUCGUUAACCUGAAGGUGGUCACCCCGAAAGCGGUUAUCUCGGGGUCAUCAGAACUCCACGUCCAGUCCGGCUCAACUAUUUCUCUGCUCUGUAUCAUUGAAGGGAGUCUGUCUCCGCCGCAGUUUAUCUUCUGGUACCACGAUAACCGCAUGAUCAACUAUGACCAGUCCCGCGGUGACAUCUCAGUCACGAUAGACCACCAGGAGCUUAUAACCUCCCGCCUCACCAUCAACAACGCCAGCUUCAAGGAUUCUGGGAACUACACCUGCAGCGCCAACAACAUUAACCCGUCCUCAGUCAACGUCUACGUGUCAGAAGGCAAAGGCGACAAGACGGCAGCAAUCCAGCGACUGGGUUCUGGCAGCGAGAGCGUCACAAGCUCAGCCACGACCGUCUGUUCCCUCCUGCUGGUGGUUCUCCUGACCAGCGCGUCCAACCUGUGCUCGUCGCCCGGGACCUGA